AUUUGUGGUAAACCAUAGAUGUUUGAUCUUUUAUAUUGAAAACUACUAUCAACAAUAUUACAUUUUCACAUAAUAACCUUCAUUAUUCUCAGUAUUUUGUUUAAAAAAAAAAUACAUAUUGUAAAUUAAUAUUUAGGUAGCUAAUUUUGAUUGAAUGGUGUGUUAUGCAUAACAUUUUAUUAGCGCUGGUUUACAAAGUAUAAACUCCCCCUAGGUCUGUGUACGCCACUCUUUAGACGUGGUCCCAACUUCCCCCUCUCUGCGUCCCGCAUCUGCUGUUAAAAAUAAAAUAAUAUAAUAAUAUUAUUAAAAGAUUUUUAUUUACUUUCGUUUUCGUACUUUCGUUUCAUAUUCGUUUAAUUAUUGAUGUAAACGUUUGAGGAGCAUGUCGCGUCUAAAAAUAAAGGCGUUUUUUCCCAAAGCUUGAGAGGUUGCGCUCAAGUGGCAUCUCCUGUUGCUACGCAACUGCUGCGCACUCCGUGAAGGCGAGGAUAACGUAAUGCGUGAUCGGAUUUUAAUUGCUCAUCUGCUCCUCACCUUUCCUAGUACUUUAGGUUGCCAACUGUCGCGCAUUAGCCGGGACGUUCCGUAUUUUAAGCCUAAUUUACUUGUCCCCGUACGGGUGUCCUAAACCGGUUUUUGGACUGCAACGCUGAUUUAUUUAGUGACUGAAAUGUGGCGUCACAAGAACCGAGCGGCAGAUAACAUAAAAAUCCCGCGAGAGCGAUUCGAGAAGUCAUACAACGGAGACUGCUAUCGAAAUGCUCUCGCGGUACUUUGACGUCAUCCAACUGUCAGUUGUUGCAGCGCCAUUAGCAGCAACAGCAGUAGUGCUGAUCACGAGACUUGAGAAUGAUCUCCGACACCUUUCAUCCAAUCACAAUCAGUAUACGAUCAAGAGAGUCAAAUAAUAAGAUUUCAUGUUUUCUUUUUAUAUUAUUUAGCUGUUUGUGCAUGUAUAAAAUCUGCAUAGUUACAAGUUCGUUCUCGCUGAUCCAGAGACUAAAACGACUAACGUUACGACUCAAACUGAAAUGCCCCAAGGCAUUUCCAACUCAACUAGGAAAUUCUCGCGCUUAUGAUUUACAGACUGAAAUCCUCUGUUGUUGAGAGCGAAUCACUCACAGAGGAGUGUAGUGUGGACCGGUCAAUCCACAGCCUGCCAUCAGCCUCAGAUUGAGGUGACCGAUGGUGAUGUGGAGAAUCCAGGAGAGAGCGUCUCCCUGGAGCAGUCAUCAGCUUCCCGUGAACUUUUCUGUGGGUCACAGUGGAACCUGAAGAGUCCACAUCCUCAUCUUCUCCAGAAGAAUCAAGGUGUUUCUCAAUGUCAAGGAAGGAUCCUCGGAAGCCAGAAUUUCGAGGAUGCUACGUCAUCGACAUCCGUCGAAAAAUAUCCCAUAUACAGGAAAGUAUGCAUAUGUGUAGCCUUCACGCUCUUCGCACUCUGAAAUCACCCACAAUCCUAUGCGCGCAGUGCCGAAAGCACACCUUAUUACUGACGUAAUAAUGCAAUAACGUGCACUUGCUAGCCUGUUCCAUUUAUGUGUUCUCCGAAUGCUAAGAGGAGCCUCGCCUUGCCUCUGAAGGAAGUAACUUGGAACGACCAGUCCUGCCUAGGAAGUACCCUUGACAUUGAGAAACACCUUCAGUCUACACACCACAGGAUAAUAUCAUGGGGACGGAGACUAGUAGUCUUCACGAGAGGGCGGAGACUUUAGUCUUUGAUUUAGUCCGUGUGUCUGGUUGCGGAUACGUGUCUGCAGGCUUCCGAUUUAAGGUAGGGCUUACCCUGUUUAGGUUUGCCCAAACCUCACGGUUGGCUAGCUUGCACACUGGCAACUUAAGAGACCCGAUGGACUGGUGGAUUCUUCGGCUACGAAGAGAAGGGCGGUGGGGUCUGAAGCUGAUUGACAGGUUUAUCGAAAGGUAUGGGUAACUUUUUUUUGUGGGCGAGGUAUCUGUUUGUCCCGUGGGGAAAAAAAUGUGUUGAACAGUUUAAAGUGUAAAGAGCAGUAACUUUAGUUUCUGGACUGGUGAAUGUAAACCAGCGUCUGGAAAAGAUUUAGGGCCAGAUUUACUAAACGGGCCAAAUUAAUGUGAGGGCGCAAUUCCCAAAUAGCGCAGGUGGGAGUGGUAAUAUCUGCGGUUUAUUUACUAAAAAGGCGCAAAUUAAAAAACACAGACGCAGCAGCUGAUUUUCUUAAGGUCCAGCGCAAUCUCUACUAAAAGCAGCGCAAAUUAGUUUAGGGUCGCAAAUAGAAGCUGAUGCUCCUGCAGGUGCGGGUGAUCUGUUAACGCCUGAUGCGCUUGAGUUCAGCACCACGGAAAUCGCAGGUGAAAAUGCGGGGUGUGAAAUCCCAACUAACACGGCAAAGAAAAAAUGAAGUUGUACAAGAAGUUUUAAAACACUGGGUAUUGUGUGACUUCUCCUAGUGACUCCUCUUUUAUUGCCUUCAGCAAAUAAAAAAUAAUGCUUUGCAAACAGUAUUUUUGAAUAAUAUGUUCCUCUGGCCUUCUAAAACUGUUUUAUGUGGAAAAAAAUCUUUGCGCUCUCUGAUCUCUGUGAUUCGCCUCCUAUAUCAGCAACAAUCGCAGCCCUUUCAAGUGCAAAUGGUUUCUUUUUUUGUCUUUAAAUAAUGGCACAAAUACCAGUAAUUUCACACAUGCAAACAACAUGCAAGUAAAUCUUGUUGUGUGAAUCAUUUAAAUACUCUUCCCCAAUAAAUUUUGCAUCUGAAACUUCCAAAAAUGUAUAUGCAAUAAGGUCAAUCACAAAAAUAACUAGCCCACGCCUUUUCGCGCUAAUUGUUCACUGUAAUAAUCCCCACACUCAUUAUUUAAUGCCAAAAUUAUGGUUUGCGCUGGCGCAAGCUGUUAUUAAAUCUGAACUUUAAAAUGCUGCUACAGCAUCUGUCAGAAAUAUAUAUAUAUUUUUUUUUUGCACAAUUGUAGUAACAGUAGUGAACUAGUACUGUAGAUGUCAUACAAUUCAUACUGAUCUAUCUGUUUAAACACUGAAUGAUAGAUGUAUUUUUUCUUUUUCAGGUUAUAGUAAUGCAGCUGUGCACCACCGGCGAAUAUGCAAAACCCAAAUAAAUGCCAUUAUGUUCAUAAACAUGAUGUGUUUUUAAAUUCUUUGUUAAGUCUGUUCAUUUAAACAGAUAAUCCACAGAGUAAUGUGAGAUCCGACUUGAACACGUGAGGUUUUGGCCGUGGAGCUGAAGCUCUGUGCAUCUAGGUGGAGAUUUCUUUACAUGAACUUAACAGCAGUGUCUUAACCGCAUACUGUACAUCACAAGAUGUCAUCAACGCAUGACAGUGAGUUAUGCAUCACAUAUAUCAGCAUCGGUUACAAAGGAAAAAAGGGCCUUCUUUUGUCCUUCUGCACCUGCCCCAUGCGGAGUGGGUAUUUUCACUAAAGAGAUGAAAGUGGGAAGUGAAACAGUUACUGGUGCAGGACGUCAGUGCCCUGAUAAAUUGAUGAGGGCCUAUUCUCAUCUUGAAAAUGGGUCGACGAUCUUUUUAUAUAGAAAAGAUCGUCCACUUGUUAGCAUUCGACCGGAUGUCCCGGCACCUCCUCAACCCACUGAGCCCUCCAACUCUGUGAGUAGCAGUGUGGAAAGCGAUGCUUGCCCCUCGGAGCCUGCAGUCGCUACCAGUGCUGUUGCUCCACAGGUGGAGGAGGCGCUCAUUGGGCGUGCGGUGCAGACAUCCGAGGAGACAUCAUCUCUGAAGCCGCCAUCAGCUCCUCCAAACACAGCUUUUCCAGCUAAGAAUGAUCUCUGGUACACAGUUCCACAGCUUCAAUUAGGGGAAGAGCGGGAUGUGGAGGUUAGGCCGAAGUGGGCCAGACUGGCAGGAUGCGGGAGUGAAAAUCAGUUUCCCACCGUAUUUGCGAGUCCAUCUGAUUUAGAUCAAGAGGACUUUCCAAUGGAGAACCUCCCCUCACCUGCUCCUGUGUCUGCUCCAGUCCCUGAGGAGCCUCAGGUUGCGGCCCUCCCCUCACCUGCUCCUGUGUCUGCUCCAGUCCCUGAGGAGCCUCGGGUUGCGGCCCUCCCCUCACCUGCUCCUGUGUCUGCUCCAGUCCCUGAGGAGCCUCGGGUUGCGGCCCUCCCCUCACCUGCUCCUGUGUCUGCUCCAGUCCCUGAGGAGCCUCGGGUUGCGGCCCUCCCCUCACCUGCUCCUGUGUCUGCUCCAGUCCCUGAGGAGCCUCGGGUUGCGGCCCUCCCCUCACCUGCUUCUGUGUCUGCUCCAGUCCCUGAGGAGACUCGGGUUGCGGCCCUCUCCUCACCUGCUCCUGUGUCUGCUCCAGUCCCUGAGGAGCCUCGGGUUGCGGCCCUCCCCUCACCUGCUCCUGUGUCUGCUCCAGUCCCUGAGGAGCCUCGGGUUGCGGCCCUCCCCUCACCUGCUUCUGUGUCUGCUCCAGUCCCUGAGGAGACUCGGGUUGCGGCCCUCUCCUCACCUGCUCCUGUGUCUGCUCCAGUCCCUGAGGAGCCUCGGGUUGCGGCCCUCCCCUUACCUGCUCCUGUGUCUGCUUCAGUCCCUGAGGAGCCUCGGGUUGCGACAUCCGAGGAGACAUCAUCUCUGAAGCCGCCAUCAGCUCCUACAAACGCUUUUCCAACUAAGAAUGAUCUCUGGUACACAGUUCCACAGCUUCAAUUAGGGGAAGAGCGGGAUGUGGAGGUUAGGCCGAAGUGGGCCAGACUGGCAGGAUGCGGGAUCCCUGAGGAGCCUCGGGUUGCGACAUCCGAGGAGACAUCAUCUCUGAAGCCGCCAUCAGCUCCUCCAAACGCAGCUUUUCCAACUAAGAAUGAUCUCUGGUACACAGUUCCACAGCUUCAAUUAGGGGAAGAGCGGGAUGUGGAGGUUAGGCCGAAGUGGGCCAGACUGGCAGGAUGCGGGAUCCCUGAGGAGCCUCGGGUUGCGACAUCCGAGGAGACAUCAUCUCUGAAGCCGCCAUCAGCUCCUCCAAACGCAGCUUUUCCAACUAAGAAUGAUCUCUGGUACACAGUUCCACUGUGUACCACAGAUAAAGAGGAUGUGGACUCUGAUCUCUAUCAUCACAAAAGGGAGGAUAUCAUGGAGACAGAGACUAGUCUCUCUGAAAGGGCGGAGACUUUAGUUUUCGAUUUAGUCCGUUUGUCUGGUAGCGGAAGUGUGUCUGCAGAAUUCCAAUUUAAGGUAGGGCUUACCCUGGUUAGGUUUGCCGAAACCUCACGGUUGGCUUGCAGACUGGCAAGGGAGACGAUGGACAGGUGGAUUUUUCAGCUCCAAAGAGAAGGGCGGUGGGGUAGGAAGCUAAAGGACCUCUCCAGGUUUAUCGUAAGGUUUCCCACUGUAUUUGCGAGUCCAUCUGAUUUAGAUCAAGAGGACUUUCCAAUGGAGGACCUCUCCUUGGAUGAAGAGAAUGAGGACCACCCCUUACCUGUUCCUGUGGUUGCUCCAGUCCCUGAGGAGCCUCGGGUUGCGGCCCUCCCCUCACCAAUGUCUGCCCAGGUACAGGUAAAUCUUUAUUAG